AUGCCCAGGAAAAGACCCAACAUUACGACAUCCUCGACCAGACUUGGCCAGGAGAUAUCGGGCGAUGGCAGUGUCGAAUGCCGACAAGCAUCCCGAGCACCAGCGCAUUGGCUCCCUCAGGGACUGAAAGCGCUGGAUGAUGGCAGAGGAAUGACAAAGUCUCUGAUAGGAACCUGCAUCAUCCUUGGGCUCCAACACUCCGAAUCGAUCGUGCCUCAAGCCGCUCACGACGUUUUCAUGAAGAGAUGGGUGCAGGUGGCGGCUGUCACUAAGGCCCGCUUUGACCUCGAACUCGUUCAGUGGCAACUUGGCAUGUUCCUCAUCUUCUUUCAUAUCUGCCUCCUGCAGUCCUUCCUUGCUGCUUUCCUCUGGGACGUAGUCCGGCGCUACAAGAGUCUGAACCAGAUGAUCUGUAUAUUGUAUGUUGUUGUUGUCACAUGUAUUGUUUCUGUGCUGCUGCUGAGGGAGAGGCAUUGCGUGUCGAUCUCGUCUGGGUUGCUACAUCAAGGGAUCUCGUGCGUUGGUGGCGGAGUUGAGGGAAGGAGCAGCUUUGUCUAUCACCUCCUCCUCUUCAUCCUUCUCGUCUUCUGGAGAAUCUCCGGCCCGAUUUCCGGAAUCAGCUUCCUAGUUGCAAUGAUGUUUCUGAAGAAGAGCAGGACUGGCAGUCGAGAUGCAGACGAAAGAAGCGCCAUGCUGUGGAAUGGGAUAGUAGACUUUAUCUGGAAGGUUUCGAUGCUGGACGCCAUUUUCAUGCCAGUGCUGCUUCGAAACCUCCCCGGGGCCUCGGGAGUUCUUGUGGCUCUGUCGUCCAUCAUACCUUACUGCACAGGGCUUGCAAGCUUGCAGAUGAAGAGGAGGAGCUGCAUGGAUGGGUUCAAUUGGUCGGUGUUGGUGGGCUGCUUGUCGUCUAUGAUGAUGAUAAUUGUUCUUUCGAUCUUCUUCUCUUCGAAAAGCACCAUGUUCGCGCUGCACCUUCACUCCUUCGUGAUUGUUCCGCUGCUGUAUGAGAGCACAAGUCUUGUUCUCUCUGGCCGUGAUAGCAAAGAGAUGGGCGGGGACAAGGAUGGGAUGGCAGAGGAUGAAGUGAUGAAGAUUCACAUUGCCUAUGCCACGUCCGUGAGUCACGUCGAGUAUCAGGUGGACGGGAAGAAGGGACUGCUGCACGUGCAGCCCCACCACAGGAUUUCUUCCUCUCUCCUCCGCAUUGAGAAGUUUCGUGUCAGCGGUCAGCGAGCGCAGGCGGGAAGUAUCAGGUUGCGAUGCAAGGGUAAGACCUGGAGCAAGUGGAGCAGGCGGUUGAGCUUGGAAGAGGUUGCGGACGUUGAGUUAGUGUGGGAGGGAGCGGCUGAUGUGAGACGUGGGUCGAACAAUCAAGAGAAGCAGGGGAAGGGUUGUGAUGAGGGAGACGGGACGCGCGAUGAAAAGUCGGCAGGAGAGCAACAGCAGCAGUUCGAGCUGUCGACCAGCGAUGGAUCGAAAGACUUUUCGUCGUCCACAGACGAGGCGGCAAGUGAGCAAGAGGAAAGCGAGGUUUCAAACCAGUUGCACCUUCAGCAGAUGUCCAGCAUACUGGGGGCGCAUACAGUGGAGGAGCUUGCGAGUUUCAAUGAAAAAUUCGCGUCCUCAGAUGUCUCUGGAGCACCCACUCGCCCGGUCAGUCACCAGAAGCAUGAAGAAGAGGCAGAUGAUGGCCAAGAUCAGAAGGCGGAGCCAGACAAGGGCAAGGAGGUGAAGGCGGAAGAUGAGAUGGGCGAUGAGCAGCAGCAACCAAAAGAUGAAGUGGCGACACAAGGGAAGAGCAAGGCAGACGAGAAGCAAGUUGAAGUGGAGCAGGAGGAGAAACAGGACGAUGACGAUGACGAUUACGAUAACGAAGAGAAGGCAGACUCUCUGAAGGCGGUGAAGGAGUUCACCUCUCAACUUCUUCUAGGGGAGGACGAGGCUCGCUGGUCCCUGCUCAACAGGAAGGCGGAAAGUGCCCUGCUCGCCAGGCGGGAAGUGGAGGCCCUGAGAGAACCGCGGAGCUCCUUCACGGAGGUCCAGCAGACUCCUUGUCCUCCGGCUCCCGUGCAGGAGAAUUGGCUGAACCUCGACCAGGGCCCCGUUGCCCCCUCCAUCGCCGCCUCCUUCCUCCAUUUCGACCCCAACUUCGGGCGCCCUCCUCUGUUCCACGGGGAAGAGCUCCUGGAGCUGAGCAACAGCUGCUUGCCUGGCGACAUCGACGAGGCGUUCAUGGCGGAGGAUCCCAACAUCCUGAGCUUCCUCGCCGAGGCCUCGCCGCAGGAGGAAGGGGGGCGAGGCUUCUUCGCCUCCCUCGAGGAUUCGCAGGACCCGCAGCUUCUUCUCACCUGUUCGAGCGCGUUCGCGAAGAGGGAUCAGGACGAGGAGCAGGAAGGGGGGCAGGCCUAG